AUGUCAAGUGAAGUGACAAGAGCUGACAAAGAAUAUUCUAAAAAGACUCAUACACACGAUUUCUUCGCAACUGUUGGUAUAGAAAAUAUUGCAGGAACGGUUGAAGAACCUGAUGGAACUGGUGGGGAUGCAUUGUAUUGGAAACCUCCUAACUUUCCACAAGGUUUAACAUCGGAGGAUGACAUAACGACGAUGAAAUACACUAGAUGUAGAAAUGUCUAUGUCAUGGAGGAUGAAAACAAAGUUAAAUUCACUGCUCAAGAUUUAUAUGACAACAAAGCUGACAAAACAUAUGUUAACGAUGAGUUAGAUAAAAAAGCUGACAAAACAUAUGUUAACGAUGAGUUAGAUAAAAAAGCAGACAAAACAGAGCUUCAAACAUUAAAGACAGAAAUACUUCAAACAUUAUAUCCUAUAGGCUCUAUUUAUACGUCAAUGAACUCUACCAGACCAGAAGUAGUACUUGGUUUUGGAACUUGGACUCAAAUAGUUGACAGGUUUUUGUAUUGUGCAAACUCUUCAAAGGAAACAGGUGGAAGUAAAACGAUUUCAGGUGAAAAUUUACCUGCACACAGUCACUACAUAGAUUUAAGUACAUCUCAAGCAGGUUGGCAUAAGCAUAAAUUUUGGGAUUGGCACGCCUUGAAAAAAGGUAAAGGAUAUGAUGUUAAAGACGACGUUCAGUUUGCUAUAAAUUGUUACUGGAGUGACACUCAGGGAGAUGGAAACCAUACACAUCGCGUUACAGGAUAUACACAAACAACGGGACAAAGUAA